CUAACCUACCAACUCACCCUGGAUGCCGCUAAGGAAGUAAUGGAUAUCAAUGGCCAAUCUUCGCAUCGGGACGGGUUCACUGGGCCGCGUUGAAGGCAGAUCAGGUUGCGAACAGGAGAUCGAAACCCAUGCACAUCCUUGAAACACAGGAUUUUCAUCUCUCUCUCGAGACGAGCAAGGAUGUGUGGUGGGAUCAGCCGCGGUUUUUUCCUUCACAGCGCGACCACGGCCGGUUCCCCCUGGUUGACCCAUAAUGACGACAGAUCUGGAAUAUCUCUUUUCCCAACAGCGAUCGAUAUCCAUAUAUUUGGCUCGAGGUCCAGGGUGAAAUGAUCCAGGCGAUAGAUGCAGUCAAGAUUGAACUGAUCCAAAGUCGUUGAAAUAUCUUGUUCCCUUGAUCACUCUUGACCCCGCACUCCUUGAUUGAACUGCUUCCCCGCAUGUCUCCUUUGCUCGAAAGAUCAGAAGCCCUGGAGGAGCUGGAGGACCAGGCGACCUGCCCAGACCAUCCUGGAAGAAUCCAGAGUCCUGACGGUCAUGCUUAUGGUUCCAAUGGAAUCGAUCGCUCCCUAGAGGCGCACAACCCACGCAAUGCCUCAUCGCUCGACUCCGCGGGACUAAGUUCCAAUCUCGGCAGAACUUCGGCAGAAGAGUUGCAUGACCUUAUAUGCGUCGGAUUCGGCCCUGCUUCUCUCGCCAUAGCAGUUGCUCUCCAUGACAAGGUCCAGGAGCUAGGCCGGGAACCAACCUCUGUGGCACCCAAAGUUACAUUUCUGGAGCGCCAGCCUCGUUUUGCGUGGCACUCGGGGAUGCUGGUGCCCGGCUCGAAGAUGCAGAUAUCGUUCAUCAAGGACCUUGCAACUCUUCGAGAUCCUCGCAGUGAAUUCACCUUCCUGAACUAUCUGCGGAGCAAAGAUCGCCUUCUCCAGUUUGCAGGCCUCGGAACUUUUCUUCCGGCACGCUUCGAGUUUGAAGACUACAUGCGAUGGUGUGCAGAUAGAUUCUCAGAUGUGGUCGAGUACAACCGCGAGGUCUUGGAUGUUGUGGCAAGGGACGGUAACAUCGACACGGAAUCCGUCGAUUACUUUACGGUACGAUCCAGGGAUCUCAAGACGGGAGACACGGUAACUCAAAGGGCUCGAAAUGUGGUUAUUGCAGUCGGUGGAAAGCCAAGGAUACCCCCGGAGUUUCCAAAAGACAAGCGGGUAAUGCAUUCAUCAGCCUAUUGCACUUCGUUGCCAGGACUUCUGCCCGACAAGCUCAGGGACUAUCACAUCGCCGUUGUAGGAGGUGGACAGAGUGCCGCCGAGAUCUUCCAUGACCUCCAGAGCCGUUAUCCAAACUCCAAAACGACUCUCAUCAUGAGAGACACUGCCUUGAAGCCUAGCGACGACUCUCCGUUCGUCAACGAGAUAUUCAACCCGGAGCGCAUCGAUACGUUCUAUUCUGAGCCUGAGCCUAAACGACGGCGGCUCCUAUCGGAUUAUCGCCACACCAAUUACGGGGUCGUCCGUCUCGAACUAAUCGAGAAGAUAUACUACGACAUGUACCUCCAAAAAAUCAAAUGUCCAGAAGAAUCAAAGUGGAACCAUCGCAUACUUUCGUCCUGUGGCGUGAAGAUGGUAGAAACCAUCGAGAACGGAGGGAAAUUACAACUGUUCCUUGACUCUGCCGGCAUGGAGAACGAUGACCUUACUGUCGAUGCCCUCAUCGUGGCAACUGGCUACGUUCGGGAUGCACAUGAAGACAUGAUGCAGCCGAUAGAGUUCCUUCGGCCGAGCGAUCAUGAGAACUGGAAGGUCCAAAGGGAUUAUAGGGUUAAGUUGGACGAGAGCAAAGUGGAUCAUCGUGUAGGAAUUUGGCUUCAAGGGUGCAAUGAAUUAACUCACGGGAUAAGCGAUACCUUGCUCUCGGUGCUUGCGGCCCGUGGAGGUGAUAUGGUGGAUGCGAUAUUCGGCAAGAACCUUGAACAUACCAUUGCGAACAAAAAGUGACAGUGAAAACGGUGUUUCUCAUCCUGUGGCUUUGCUCGAUUUUCGGGAUUACAAUGCCUCUUGACCUUCUCUUUUCUUUUUCCAUUUUUAUUUUCGCAGGUAGUUAAACAUAUCGCCCUUCGGGUUUAAACAGCUAAUGAAUAUGUUAGGCUAAAUCUCGCAGA